AUGGGCCGGGCCGGGCCGGACGCGGUGAGAGGCUCCGGUGGAUCAGGGCGGGCGGGGCGGGCGCGCUGGCUGGGGAUUCGGUGCCGGGGGGUCCAGGCCGCGGCCUCGCACCCGGGAGACAGUGACUGGGCCUGGGGUUGGCGGAGCUCGGGGAGCCGGGCCUGGGCCUGGGGUCGGGGCUACUCCACCUGCGGGAAGAGCUUUACCGGGUUGUCGGGGCUGCGGGAGCACCGGCGGGUGCACAGCAGUGAGUGGCCCUUCACUUGCUCCGACUGCAGCAAAGGCUUCAAGUCAUCCACGAACCUGAAGGUGCACAGGCGCCUACACACUGGGGAUUGGCCCUACAGCUGCAGCGACUGCGGCAUGGGCUUCACCCAGUCUAGCGGCCUGCUGCAGCCCCAGCGCACUCACACCGGCGAGAGUCCCUACACCUGUGUCCAGUGCGGCAAGGGCUUCAUCCAUUUGAGCAACCUGCUGAAGCACCAGCGCACCCACAACGGGGAGCGUCCCUACACCUGUGCCCAGUGCGGCAAGGGCUUCACCAGGUCCAGCAGCCUGCUAGAGCACCAGCACACCCACACCGGGGAGCGUCCCUACACCUGCGCCCAGUGCGGCAAGAGCUUCACCCAGUCCAGCAACCUGCUGGUGCACCAGCGCACCCACAUGGGCGAGCGCCCCUACACCUGUGCCCAGUGCGACAAGGGCUUCACCCGCUCCGAUAGCCUUCUGGAGCACCAACGCACCCACACCGGCGAGCGUCCCUACACCUGCGCCCAGUGCGGCAAGGGCUUCACCACCUCCAGCAACCUGCUGAAGCACCAGCGUACCCACACCGGGGAGCGCCCCUACACCUGCGCUCAGUGCGGCAAGGGCUUCACCAGCUCCAGCAACCUGCUGAAGCACCAGCGUACCCACACCGGCGAGCGCCCCUACACCUGUGCCGAGUGUGGCAAGUGCUUCACCCGCUCUGACAGCCUACUGGAGCACCAGCGCACCCACACCGGGGAGCACCCUUACACCUGCAACCAGUGCGGCAAAGGCUUCAUCAGCUCCACCAGGCUGCUGUCCCACCAGCGGGUGAAGCACUUGCCACUCACUGCUGUGCAUAGCAGCGACCGUCCUCUCCCCAGCCCGGUGUGUGGAGAGCGCUUUGACAUGGCCUCUCACGCUCUGUCUCACCAGCACGUGCACACCAGUGGCCAGCCCUACGACUGCCCGUACUGUGGUGAGACGUUUGACAGUUCGCGGGGAUGA